AUGCCGACCGACUUCAAGAGACUAUCCACCAUACCUGCCAAUGGGGUGCUGCUCAUCGAUAUGGCAAAGACCGGCAUGGCCCGCUUGGCCCUUUCUGAUGACGACGCCAAGGUGAGGCGUUGGUUCGCCGACGAAGUGACACAGAACCUCUCCUGUGAUCUCACGGUUGACGAGAUGGGAAAUAUGUUUGCAAAGCGUAAAGGCGCCUUGAACUCGCCCAAGCCGAUGACCGCCAUGGGAAGCCAUCUCGAUACGCAGCCCAGAGGUGGCCGGUAUGAUGGCAUUCUGGGUGUUCUUGCUGCCGUGGAAGUCAUGAGAACCUUGAAGGAGAACGGUUAUAAGACUCAAUACGAUGUUGGUAUCGUCAACUGGACGAAUGAGGAGGGCGCUCGUUUUCCCAUGUCCAUGAUGUCUUCCGGUGUUUGGGCAGGCAAGGUUCCUCUAGAGAAAGCUUGGAACAUGGGCGAUAUCUUCGACUCUUCAGUGACUGUGAAGUCGGAGCUUGAGAGGCACGGAUACGUCGGUCCGGUCAGCUGUUCAUCAACCGGCUACCCUCUGGGUGCGCACUUCGAGUUGCACAUCGAACAAGGCCCAAUCCUCGAAGAAAACGGCAAGAAGAUCGGUGUUGUACAGGGCGCUCAGGCGUAUCGGUGGUUCACGUUCACCGUCAAGGGUCGCGAUGCCCACACUGGCACAACGCCCCUCAAGUCUCGCUCUGACCCCCUGCUCGCUGCUUCAAAGAUGAUUGCAAGUUCCAAUUCACUCGCAAAGAAUCUGGGCGCUCUUGCUUCCACUGGUGUUAUCAAGAUCCCGCCCAGCUCCUCUACCAACACGAUUCCUUCAGACGUCACAUUCACUCUGGAUAUCCGACAUCCGGAGGAUAGCGUUGUCGAAGAGCUGCAGAGCCAGGUCAUCCGGUCAUUUGAAGAGAUCGCCAAAGAAGACGGCAGGGGAGUCCAGCUCUCAUGGACUCUUGACACGGAUUCGCCAGCCGCCAAAUUCGACAAAGAGUGCAUCCAGGCUGUCGAGGAUGCGGCCAAGGGUCUUUUCGGCAAUGAUGGCUGGCUCCCAUUGACUAGCGGUGCUGGUCAUGACAGUGUCUACACGAGCAAAGUAUGCCCGACGACAAUGAUAUUUGUCCCUUGCAAAGACGGAGUAAGCCAUCAUCCCGAAGAGUACUGCAGCCCCGAGGACUGCGCGAAUGGCACCCAGGCCCUCCUGGAAGCGGUUGUCAGCUAUGAUAAGCUGCGAGCUAGCAGAUGA